AUGCUGGUAGUCUUCACCCCCUUCUUGGCUCUCCGCCAGGCUCUGUUCCACCUGGAAGUGUUCCAACUACCGAGAGUAAUGAGUAAUCAGGCUUCACAAGCCCGGGGCGGCUAUGGGACCUUUGUGAGCUCAAAUCAAGCCCGGGACCCAUUUCUAUCAGGCGAGGAGGCCCGUAUUCGGGGUAUACAGGUGAUCCAGUGGAUCGAAAAUCCAAGCGCUGAUAACCCGCCCUGUCCGGUUUCUAUGAAUACGCUAACCUAUCAGCAGGUGCAGGAUGAAAGUGAUGGCGAUAUGUUUCGGAUGAUAAAUUUUAUGCCUGGUAUUCGACCUGAUGCACUGAUAUUCCCGGUAGGAGUGGAAGCACCUCGUAACUAUAUUCAGCGAUAUGUUGGCUUUGGUGAUAAUACUAAGUAUAUUUUGUUUUUUGCUCCAGGUGUUAUUGGUCUGUAUGACAUCGUGCAUGAAAUGGGUAGCCCUAACCCUCAUCCAACAGACGUUGCUCUAACUCUUUAUAGUGAGGAAUUUGGAGCGCUCGAUACUUUGCGCUGUGUUUUCGUAUACGGUGUGAUCAAUACCCAGACGGUUGCCUUCCUUAAUCGGCACAUUGAAGCCCGCUCUAUUGCUCAGUUUGGCUCCCCGGAUAUGCUCGAACACUAUGCCUACAUGUAUGGAACCCCAGAGCGCGAGGGUCUUGUUGGUGUCCGAAUUCCACGCACUGUUGGCUAUCUUGUUCUUGGAGCUUUCCCCCGUGGUAGUCGCCGGAUCGCUCGCAUAGAGGCGUAUGCAUCGCCGGGACCCAGCUAUGAUAUUCGGUUUGAUAUCGAGCCGAUUCAGUAA